AUGUCUCUGGCGCCUGAGGUUUGUGAGGCAAUUGAGGCCUUGGUUGGGAAGGCUGAGAAGGGGUCCUUGGUGACCUCGGCGGCACGCCUGGUUGCUCUGCUGGAGGAGCACAAGCUUGCGUACCAGCAGAGGAUCCAGAGCCGGCACGUAGUGUGCCAUCCUCGCAACAGAGAUGGCUAUGGUUGCUCCGGCAACGAUGUGCAUUCCUUGUUGCACGGAAUCCUGGCGGUGGGGUGGAACGACGCGUGCGUGAAGCCGCUGUGCGUUGAGAGCUCUGGAGACGCCGAGGUCGAGCGUUACAACCUUAAGAUGGUGGAGGACGCGGGUGGGCUGCUGGCCCCGGUGGAGGUGGGAGGAUGCCGGUACGCGACGCUCAGCGCGUCGCACACGAAUCAGGUCCUGCGAUUGAUCAGCUACGGCUGGCAUCACGAGCACAUCGAGGACGGUGAGUGCCCCGACGUGACGGUCGGUGGCCGGAUCUCGGGUGAACAGUUGGGCAAGGUGGACCCGCUGUUCUACAAGGCGGCGCAGGAAGGCAUCGUGUGGACCGUGAUCUCGAGCUUGGUCCUGACGCAGUAUCCCAUCCUCGCGAACAUCCUUCAAGAGGCCGGGAACACGUCCGGGCAACUGCAAAGAAAAGAGCACGAACUGCAACUGGCACGGCGGCUUCACCAUGAGUGCCUCAACCUGAAGGCCACGAUGCCGCCCGGCAGUGGUGUGAGCUACUCGGACGGACGUGAGGGGUCGGGUGACGCGCAGCAGGCUGCAGCGUUGCUUGAGACAGAGCGAUGCGUUAAGCUCUGCGGGGGGUCGUCCCAGAGGGAUUUGGGGGCGUCCUUCUGGGACAGCUUGGGCCGGGACUUGAAGGGCGGCGCCCCGGUCCUGCGACUUCGGCACGCUAUGCUCCGGCUUGCCCUCGUUGGGCCGGACCAGGUGAUCAACACAGGCGACGUGAAGAAGAUGAGCUCCGUUGCCUUCAAGGAGACGGCGUUGCGCUGCGACGACCUGAUGAUCGACAUGCGGGCCUACUACGAGGCGAGGCUCGCGGACGAGGAGCAGAGCAAGCUUCAGAAGCUCCUCUUCGAGUUCGAGAUGGAGCUGGUGGCCAUUGCCUUUGACAAGAGGCACUGCAGCUGCUGGAAAAACGCAGCCAGUUUCGAACAGGCUGCGCAAGCCUUCGUGGACAGCGUGUUCCAGCACGUGAAUGUCCGCAUCACGGACAAGUGGGAGCGCCACCGGCCCAAGACAGAGGAGCCAGCUGCCUCUUCUGGCAGCCGCGAUGGCGUGGCGAACCUUUGUUUGAUGCGGAGUUAUGACUUGGCAGGGCGCCUGCAGUCACCUGCAGACCUGGUCAAGGAGGCAGGCUUUGCUGAGGGCCAGCACAUUGUGAGAAAGGCGGACAAGACCUACGCCCAAGUGGUUGGCUUUGAGAAAGGCCACGUGAUCCUGGGCGUGGACGGCGUGCUCUGCAAGGUGGAAGCGGGAUCUUUCAUCAACGGCGAGUGGAGCAAGUACACCCCCAAGGCCGACCCUGUGGAGAUCGAUCACUGCGAGCACAACGCGGCCUCCCACAAUGAGUUCAAGGUGCAGCUUGUAAAGUCCAGCAUCUUCUGCGCGAUGGACGGGGUCCACAAAGAGCACGAGGCAGUGCUCAAGGGCGUCAAGGUCAUGGUCAAGCCUUGCAAGAGCGUGGUGGCCGUGGCGCAUUUCAAGAAGAAGCAGCUGGUGCUUGUGCCGGUCACUUGCAAGAUCGACGCCAAAGCGCUGGGGGCGUCGCAAGGGGUGUCUCUUGGAGAACUGCUUCCGGGGCAGGAGUUUAGCUUGCUGCCGUGGGUGGCCCUUCCUCGGGAUGAUGCUCGCGGCGCAGUUUGUCCCUUCUUCAUGGUGCAGCUAACGCUGCAGCAAGAUGACGCCAACAUGGAGAUGGCGACGCAGGUGAACAACGGCGUGGCGGUGCCGGUGAUGCGGAAUUCUAUAGCGAUUUGCGCAGGCGACGAGCUGCGCUUGUACCGCGCCAAGACGGAGCCUGUUCGUGAACUGGCCCCCAUCCACAAGAUUGAUGAGCCAGCCCCAAAGCCCUCGAAGCGGGCUAGGACUAAGCGUUCUGCGUGA